AAAAAAAAUUUAUUCAUUGAGCCGUAACAAGGUAAUACUGGUUUCUAUUGUACAGUGGGACCUCCUUAUGAAUGCCUACAUAAUCUUAGUCUUUAUAUGCAUAUAUGACCUGGCUAGUCCUGAUGUUAACAUCGUCACCUCCACACAGAUAGUCUAUAGACUGGGACCCAGAUAUCUUUUUAAGUUUCAAAGAAGGUAGUCUUUUUCAGUGCAACCCUAGGAACCAACUUUAUCAGACGAAAACCAUACCCCCAAAAAAGGCAGCGUUGACAUCCCGCCAGCCAUACACACCCCCCUUGGACCCAUAAACCAUGCCACUGUCGAUCCUAUCAGACGGACAGAUCAAGGAUCUGCUCGAGGACCUCACGGUAGAGGAGCUCGAGUCGUUCCAAGCAGCCCUCAAGGACGCGCUACACGAGUAUAGCGUCGGCACCCAGAGUCGAUCGUGUCAGGAUGACAGCCACCUCGAGCGCCAGGUCGUAUUCACGCCGUCGACGGGGACAAAGAGCCUGUUUAUGCCAUCCCAUGGGCCUCCGGGGUUAGGGGUCAAAGUAAUCACACUGAGCUCCCCCCAGACAAACACAAACGCCGAUGACGGGGACGGACCAGAGCUCCCAGUGGUUCGCCCGACCGGAGCCAUCUCCCUCUUCUCGGCGCGGGGCGACCCGGUGGCCGUGCUGCACGCGUCGCACCUCACGGCGUUCCGGACCGCCCUGGCCAGCACGUGCCUGGUGCAGCGGCGGGACCACGUCAAGGUGCUCACCGUGUUCGGCACGGGCCUGCAGGCGUACUACCACGUGAGGCUGGCGCUCAAGUCGCGCGGCACCACGGUGAGGCAGGUCAACAUCAUCAACCAUCGGUACAACGACGGCUGCCGCGACCUUCUCAAGCGGUUCUGGACCAUCCCGGCCGAGACGAAGCGGCGCGAGGGUUGGGCCGACUGCCAGUUCGCCAUGCUGACGCCCGGGUACGUCGAGUACGAGCGCCUGCUAAAGGAGCAGGUCAGGGCGGCCGAUGUCGUCUUCUGCUGCACGCCGUCGACAAAGGAGCUGUUCCCGGGGGGCUUCCUCACAAACCCCGAGGGGAGGCGCAAGGGGAGGUUGCUGGUCGCCAUCGGGUCGUACACCCCCGAAAUGGCCGAGAUCCCGCUCGACGUGCUGCGGCAGGCGACGAAGCGGCACAAGGGCCACGGGCCGCACUUUCACAAGCACGCGGCCGAGGGUGGCGUUGUCAUCGUCGACACCAUCGACGGUGCGCUCAAGGAGGCGGGCGAGCUCAUAGCGGCGGGCCUGCAUCCAGACCAGCUGGUUGAGCUCGGCGAGCUGGUCAUGCUGCAGAAGUGCUCCCUCCCGGACGAAAGCGAUGUCGAUUCCGAGGUGGGCGGCACGCCUCUCGCCUCUCCGUUGGCUCAGGAAUUCGACGGGAUGAGCUUGACGCCGGGGUCUGCCAUGUCGACUGUGUACGGGUCGAGCGCGAGCAGGGCUUCGAGCACGAGCAGGGGAUCGUCGCCGAGUCGAGGAGGUGCCGCGUCUCCGCCGCCAAGUGAAAAGAGUCGGAGUGGGUAUAGAGGCUUCUUCUCGCACAAGCGGACAUCAAGCCAUAGUUCUGCCAGGUCCGAGACCAAGACCAAGACCAAGGAUGAUCACCUCGCGUUGUGGCUGCAGCGUGGAAAUGUCAUCUACAAGAGCGUCGGUAUGGGUCUCAUGGACCUGGCGGUGGGGAUGCACCUGGUAGAGUUUGCGAGAGAGAAGAGGGUUGGAUCGCAUGUUGAAGACUUUUGAGAGCGCCCUUGUUUUAGUGCUGUUUGUUGUACCAAUAUAUAGCCCAAUGUAUAUAACUCGACAUAAUUAUGGACCUUGGUUUGAUGUUUUUUUUUUUUUUUUUUU